AUGCGCGCCUUUCGAAACCAGCCGACAAAUAGUGCAGCCCUCCUGUCUUCCGAAGAAGAGCUGCUGGCCGACGUGGACGAACCCCCAGACUUAGAGCGCACGCCCCGGCCAUCUGGCCUCAAAAUCCUCCAAUCCUUCGAAGCUUCCUUCUCAAAAUCACGACCCGCCGCCAGCGAACGCAAAGAAUCUCUCUUGACCUGCGCACUCCAUUCGGACAGCAAUUCUCCCACCGAUGAGCACAUGGAACACUCACAAUUACGUCGAGGAUUUUCGUCCGCCUCUACCUGGAGUAGUCACAGCGCCUCCACUGCUGAAUUGACAAGCGAUGGUGGUCUCACGAGCCCAGGAACCCGCGCGAACACGCCCAGCCCACCGUUUCCCUCAGCUACGUUUCACAACAUGGCCCCAAUGUUCAGCAACAAACCACUUGACCAGUCAGUCUCGGUUGUCCGCCACGAUGAUGAACAUAUCGUUUCUCUGCAGAAGCAGCUAGCGACGAAAUCGGACUCGAGUGAACAUGAUGUUGAAGCCACCCUGGGUCGCAAACGCUGCAUCACCUUUGCGUGCGGGAAGAAGGACGCGCCUAAACCGACCGCCACUCCUACCCCCAAUCCUGCCACAGAGGCACCAAAACCGGAACCUCCGAAACGGAAAUGCACGAUCAAGUUCGCAUGUCCGACCAAGAUCUCCACAGACACCCAAUGCAACGAACAGAAGCCGCGGAUGAGCCGUAAUUUCAGCCCUCCACCUCCGGCACGCCGCGAAAGAGUGCCAUCCAAAGGACCGAAGAAAGCCCACCGUGAUUCGAACUCUACCGUCCGUAACGCCUCCCCUGUGAGCACCAAGAAAUCGCCUGCUGCGCGAAACCGAACUCGUCGUCUUAGUGCGAAUUCGGACCUUGCACACACUGAGGCAUUCCGGUUCCAUGAGUUUGCAAGCUCCGAGGAAGAGGUAGAGGAGUGGACACAGGAAUCUACUUGCCAUCGCAGCCGUCUCACCAUCACCGACACGCUUAGGAUCGAGAACACCCUCCGACAAUUGGGGCAAGAGGUUGAAGAGGAGGCUCUCGAUGACGAAGAGGACCUUGACGAUGAUGACGAGGAUGACGUUGAUUUUGACGACGACGACGACCUCGACGAUGACGAUGAAGAGGAGGAUGUUUCCUCUGAUGAGGGAUUCCAAACCGAUGAUGAGGAGGGCUUCGCCGUGUCCGAUGACGACAGCGAUGCUGGUUCCGAUUUCAAUUGGUGGGCUCCUGGCGCUUCUACAGCAGCAACAUCAGUGGAACAUCUUGAGCAGAUUCGACCGAGCGCCCGCCGAACUGUCUCUGAGUCUUCUAAUGGAUCUGACGACAGCGAUGAAGGAUUUAAAAUGCCCCCGAAGCCAAGCAGGAGGAAAAAGUCGCGCCCUGUCAAUAUUCGAGUACCCAGCCCGGAGCUUCCCGACAGCACCGAUUUCGUCUGUGGAACCCUUGAUGAAGAUCGCCCACUCGAGGCUGCGUAUAUGUCCUGCUUGGAGCGUCGUCGUGCUGCCAAGCACAGAAUCACCCCUCAAGACAUCGACCCUACUUUCCCCCAGUCGGAUCCUGAUAUGGACGAGGAAGACGAGGACGACGAACCUGACAACAUCGUGUCAGAGAGCGAUCAAUAUGCCAUGAUCCAUGGAUCCAUGGACCAUCUUGAUGGCGAUCCUCGUGGACGCAAGCCGAACGGUCCCGCAAGACGACCUGCUUCGCCUAGACGCCUGCGAUCCCCUCCACCAACAAAACGUGCCAUCCACAGAUCUCCCCCGCCAACUAAGCGAGCAGUCCAUCGAUCUCCCCCACCUCGCAAGCUUUUUGGAACUUCUCCAAGGCGUGCCCGGUCCCCUGCUCCUGGGGUUCGUCUGAGGUCACCUCCACCAACACGCCGUGGCUCCGCCAUCAUGACACCAAAUCGUCAACCCAUGCACAUCAAUCUGGGCGGCCUUGCUGAGCGUCCCGUUCCAUUCAUGGCUUCUUCUGUUCCCAGAACGCCCAUGUCAGUCUUGCCACCAGAUGACGACUUGGACGGAGAUGAGACGUGCCGUGAGAUGCCUGUCCGCCGGGCUAUUGACAUCAAGAUCGGACUCGAAAACAAGCGUCUGCGACGCAAAGAGCAGCUGUACAAGAAGCUGCACCGCAAGGGAGUCAAGGACAAAGAGAAGCGUCCGGCUCCUGGAAAAGGAUGUGAACGAAUGCGCGAGAUGGGUCGUGGGUUGGCCGCGCUGAGGGGCAAGACGACUGCCGGCGUAGGCUUCGGCAUGGGCAUGCCACCCACGCCCGAUCAGAAGGACAUGCACGUCCUUUCUAUUUAG